AUGACUGCUGAUCAGCCCUUCAUCAAAUUGGAUAAAAAUUUAACAACAAUAACUAUUGAGACAAGUGAUAAGCUACAGACAGGGUCUUACUAAUACAUGGUAGAGAUAUAGAUGCCAACAAAUUCAACAGUCAAGUCUCAAACUUUUAAUGUUGUUAUAAUUGAAGAUUAUCCAGACUGCUGGGAUACAGAUCUUAUUGCACCAGAUAUUCCAAACUACAUUUUUCCUAAGCUUAAUAACUCUUAAAAGUAUGAUUAGUAUAAAUAUAGAAUUCCUUAUUCUCAUUUUUAUUUCUUGAAUGCAACUUGCAAUAAAAUGAUGCAGAUCUCGGAGAAAAUACUUGAUACAAAUGGCAAAAGUUUCUAAAGUGAUAAAUGCCUAUAACUCGAUACUUAUUUAAGAGAAUUCAUUGUCAACAUAAAUGAUUGUGAUUAAGAUAUUGUUUAUGAAGUAAGCGUAAUUGGCUAGGUUAUAAUUUAAAAAGAUUUUGUUUCAAUUAGUGUCUUAAUAAACUAGACAACAUUUGUUGUUCUAAAUACAAGUAACAAAGAUUGUUUUACUUAGAACAUAUUUGCACCUGAAUCAAAUGCUUAAAGAACAUCCAGAAAAUUUUAUUAUGAUAUUGCUAGUAAAAAGGAAGAUUCAGUUGAGCCAGCUGAUUAUAAAAUUAUAAUUGUUGCCUAAGGAUAUAAGAAUAACCAGAUUAAGGCUUAUGUCUAUGUGACUUUUGAAGUAUAUGACUCUUCUAAAUGCAAAUAUAUUCCACAAGUCAAAUAGCCAUCUACGUAUACUUAUCCGAAUAAAGGUGAUUAAAAAUUUAUCUUAUUUAACAAGUACUAUACGAAACAAGUUUACGAUAUUUAAGACUAUAAAUUCUAGUUUAUUGGAAUACUAUCUCCAGUUCUUAAUAUAACAUCGGAUUUCAUACUUAAAGUCGUAUUAUAUUUAAAAGCUAACACUGAGGCUCCUAAAUUUAGCUCUAAAUUACCAAACAUAGUAAUAUUCUCAGAUUAUGAAUUCGAUUUCAAACUUCCUACCAAGAGUGAUGCAGAUGGAAACCUGAUUAAAAUGAAAUUUUUAACUGAUUAAAACGUAGGUUUACCUAAUUUUGUUUCAAAUGAUACACAAAAUCUUGUUCUCAAGAUGAAACCUAGUAUAAGAGAUUUGGGAACAUAUUUGGUCGCUAUCAUUCUUUAUGAUGAGGAUGAGAAUAGCAAAGCUCUAUAAGAUUUAGUUAAGGGACUAAAUAUAGUAAUUCCACCUUUUAUAUCAAAGAUCAACGUUUAUUAAUUUGAUUUGAAGGUUAGAACUUCAAAGGAAUAUGAAGAAGAUAUUAUUACAAACGCAAAGUCGCGUAUCACAUUUAGGAUACAAUAAAUAAAACCGAAUGGUCUAGUUACUAUGAAAUUCAGUGAACUAAUUGAAAUAGAUAUGAGCAAUCGAAAUGUGUUCUAAAGAGCUAUUUAAGUAAACUUGCAAAACCCUGAUAAUAAUUAGAUUGAUGAAAUAUUAUGGGAUCUUGAAUCUUUUGAUAAGAUAACUCUGAAAAUAAAAUUGAGAUUGAAUUAAAAGAUUGUAGAGAGUUCUAGCGUAUCUAAGACGUCAAUUAAUAUUAGAAUAGUGGAUAGCUCUAUUUUUACUUCUCCCACUGGAUUUACUGUAAAUACAAAACUUAAAAUAAAUAAUGAUGCUCCAAAUUUUACCACUAUGGAUGAUAGCACAAAAGAUUCUAUAAGUGCCGGUUUUAAACUACUUUAAAAUUCAGUAUCUAGUUUUUUGUUUGGGAAUUUAGCAGUAAACAUCAUUUUAUCUUCAUCAAUUUAAAUGUUAUGGGGCAUGAUCAACGCAUUCUAGCUUAUAGUGCUAAUGACUCUAUUUAACCUUAAAAUAACUGGAGAUGUUCUAUAUUUCUUUAAAAUGGUGGCAUAAUUAUCAAGCUUUUCAUUGAUUCCUACAGAUGAGUACGUACACUACUUUUUUGAUUUUUCAGAAUCAACUCCUAUCAGCGAAAACUUUUCUUCAAUGGAUAUCUUUAAAUCAAUACCUAUUAUCUAUUUAAGCUUUUCUUAACUAUUUAAGCUAUACUGA